GAUCCAAUCAUGCCCAUAUCUUUCGCUCUCAUAAUAAUAUAGACAUCAAUCCCUUUUGUGCUCAGUUUUCUCUGUUUCUCAUCCCUACAUGCAAAAAGCCAUCCCUUCUGCUGAAAUUUCAUGUCAUUUCUCCACAUGGGAUUCUCUGGGAAAGAUGCUAAUGUUUUGGUGGAUGAUGAGUCGCCGGGCAGCAGAGAGACAGUUGGAGAAGAAAGCGGACGGUGGGAGUUUUGCCCGAUUCAGCACCCAAAUGAACCGCCCCAGGAGGACAAACCCGUCGAAUGCCCAUUGCCACACUCCUCUGUCAUAAAUGAAGGAAGAGUUUCGAGCAGGGGGAGCUUUCAGAGGACAGUUUGGGAGCCAAAGCGCAAGAGACAUCACAGCAAUGGUCAUGGAAACCAUUAUGGAACUCAGUCUUUAAGACGGGCUCCACAUGUCACAAUAUUGGAAAAGGCUUCAACAGUUGAACAAGUUUGAGGGACUUAAAUAGUUAUGGAGAGGGAAGCAUAUAUAUAUACUCGGGACAUUUUAGUCAGUUUCAUCAGUUGUCAACUUGUAGCAUUUACUACUCGUAUAAAAUGGUCACUAUUUAUUUACA